CAAAAAGAAAAUAAAUAAAUAAACGCCUGCUCCGUGUCGGCUAGCGCAAGGGUGUCCCCCGAUUAGGGUCCUUUGUAUAGGCUUAUGCAAGCCUACGAUCUAUGGAUGUUCAGCAGGGAUACCUUGCCCGUAAGGCUUUGGAUUGGUCCACAGGUGACGAGACACGGGUCACAGAGGAGCCAUAUUGUAGAUCACCAGGAGUUCACCCGCUGUGUCGGGACCAUCGUUUAGGUCUCUUGCCGAACAAUUACUUUGUUUUUCUUCUAGGGCUCAGCUCGUUGCUUCGAUCUCACAUGCUUCCCCCAUACCACUGCUACUAUAACGACGCGUGCCAUUGUGGCAUACCUUGGUGCCAAUAUGGGCGUACAGGUGCCUGAAGGGGCAUUGGGGACCGUCAUCGGCGUGCUCAUCUUCUCACUCAUCUGCCUGACAUGCAGUUUGCUAAUGAUUUGGCUGGUUUGGACUCACCAUGAGCGUGAUUCAUUUGUUGGACUCUUGUCCUACUUCACAUUCAUAAGCACGCUGGCGAGCAUCAUUCAACAAUUACAUACGAUAAUAUGGUGGACCGACGUCAAGACAGAACAGUGGGAGAAUUCCAAAGCACAUAUCGGAAGUGUUGAGGUUGCAAUUGCUGGACCAUCCGUCGGCAUAGACCUCGUACUUUUCUACAUUCAAUAUUACGCCUACAAUGUCGAAGCACUACUCAGCCUUUGCUGGGCUGCCGCAUUGGCGCAGUCUAUUUUUGGUUUUGCAGACAUAGCAUCUUUCAAGCGUAUACGGCAUAGAACCAAUUCCAUCAUCAAGAUAAUUGCAGUCGUGCUACCGGCAAUCCUCAUCAGUCUCUUGAGAGUCCCCACGGUCCGCAACAGUUUCGCCGCUUUCAUAAUUGUGGCGAACGUUAACAUGUUGAUUAGCUUGACUCUGGGGGCCCUACUACUUUUAACGAUUCUCGGCAAAUAUAUUUACACCCGACGACAAUUUCUUUCUUGGAACGUCCAAUAUGGCAACUCCACGAGAUCGGGAACGCAGUCACAAACGACAUUACCAAACAGCCGAAACUCGCAGGGUAAUAUAAACAGGCGUGGCCAUGGUAUAUAUGAUCGAUGGCUCAUGACACGCUUUGCGAUCACCUUCAUUAUGUUGAGCAUAUUCGAACUAUUCUUGAUCCUAUUUCAGGUGUCAUCUACCAGAACUACGAUCCCUCCAGAUGCUCCCAAUCUGAGUGCGUCUCGAGCCAAAGGCGACUUCAUUCUGUUUAUGCCGGGCUGUUUACCAAGUGUGUUACUGUUUGUCGUCUUCGGCACUACUGCACCAUUCCGCGAACACAUGAGGAAAACGUUUCUGCCUAAGCGCUUCCAUAAAAAAGAGUCCGAGGAUAGCGGAACACAAAUGACGGCAUACCCAAGCCAAAGAAGAAAAUUGACACAUACGAGCGUCAUCACUGAAGAAGUUCCGCCUACUCCUACCGAGGAUGGCAACAUCAUUCACUCACGCGAGGUGGAUCAGCGAGCAUCAAUAUGCAGAGGAGAUGAGGACGAGUGGCCAAUCUUAUCAACAACAAAAAGGGGGAAUGGGGCCAUGGUAUGAUGGCCGACGUAGAUGGCUCCCAUCAUUGUUUUGUGUUUUCGCCAGCGGAUUUGUACUAUAUGAUAUGCGGGUUCCUCCCCGGUGUUGGGAAGGAAGAAUGGGCUAUGGUUCUGGAGCAAGUAUUUCCCAGCGGCGCAACGGCUUGGCGUGAUUAUAGCAUCGGACCAUUCAGAAAGGCAUCUACUAGGACCUAGAAAAGGCAUGCCUACGGAUAGGUGGCCUACGACUCGUCUGAUGAUUUGGUAUAAUAC